UAUCGUUUAUCAUUAAUAAAUGAAUGUAAUCGUCUCGUGUACAAUAUAUUACAUGGCGCUGCGGACUAAAAAAUUAAAAUAAAAUGGUUCGUUUUCGUUUAAAUAAUUCGUUGUAAUAAUAAUUGCAAAGUGCAAAGUAAUAGUAAUAAUUAGUGAUAAAAAUGUCGAAUUAUAACAAGCCUAAUGAGCUCAAAUUGGACGCUAACGCAAGUGAAAACUGGCGACGUUUUCGGCGAGAAUUUGAUCUAUAUUUGAAAGCAUCAAGUUUAAUAAACGCUGAUGAAGUACGUAAAUAUGCUUUAUUACUCAAUUUUGCCGGUGAAGCCGCCCAGGAGUUAAUCGAUUCAUCUGGUAUGUCCGAAGAGGAUCAAGAAAGCCUCGAAUUAGUCAUUCAAUUCUUCGAAGACAGAAUAAAUCCUAAAGUCAACGUCACGUUUUUACGAUUCAAGUUUUUAUCACGUUCUCAAAAAGAAGACGAAUCGUUUGAAGAAUUCUUAGCUGCGUUGCAGAAACUAGUUCGUGGGUGUAAAUUUAAUGAUCAAGAACAGUCCUUAAUAAAAGAUCGAAUCGUAAUUGGUACUAAAGAUAAAACCCUGCAAGCUGAUAUGUUGAAAGUUCCUGACCUAAAUUUAGAAGAAGCUAUUGAGAUGGCCAGAAUUCAGGAAUCGAGCACUGCACAAGUUAAAGCGAUCAACGAAUGUUCUGCGUUGUUAUCCACCGAAAAAGAUAAAAUAGACGCAUUUAAAAAUAAAAAUAAAUACAAAAAUCGUUCUCGAAAUCGUCGUGAUAGUGAAUAUUCUUCUAAUCGAAAUGAAAAUAAUCGUGAUAAAAAUGAUAGACAAAGUGAUAAUGAAUCUUACCGGUGUAAAAAGUGUGAUACCGUUCAUCGUAGACGUGAAUGCCCUGCAUACGGCAAAAAGUGUUCGAAUUGCGGUUACUUCGGUCAUUUUGCUAUCGGGUGUAAAUUUAAAAACAAACAUUUGAGAAAUCGAGAUAAAAAGUUCCAUACGUUGAAAGAUAAUUCGAGCAGUGAUAGCGAUUCUACAAUCUCGUUUAAUGCGAUUAAAAUUAAUAAAAUCGGAAAGAAAGCAUCCUGGUUCGAAAAUAUCACGAUUAGCAACGAUGUGAUACCUUUCAAGUUGGAUUGUGGUGCCGAAAAUAAUGUUCUACCGUAUAAAAUAUUCAAGAAACUUGGCAUCGAUGAAAGUAAAAUAAAAUCUUCAUCCGUACGUGCAGUCGCAUAUGGUAAUACAGAGAUCAACAUGGUUGGCAAAAUAAAAUUGAAGUCUAAAGUGAAAAAUCAAAUUCACAAUAUCAAAUAUUUAAUCGUUGAUGUCGACGACGACCCAUUACUUGGUUUAAGUACCUGUGAAGAGCUGAAAUUAAUUAAACGAAUAAACAAAGUUUCGAAAGCAGAUCUAUUGAAGGAAUACGCGGAUGUAUUCAGAGGCAUCGGAAAAUUUAAGGAAAAGUAUACCCUUAAAUUAAAAAAGAAUGCAGUCCCAACGAUUUGUAAGCUGAAACGCGUUCCUGAAAGCAUCCGAAAAGAACUGAAAAAAACGCUGGAUAGAUAUGAAAAAGCUAACAUCAUAUCUAGGGUAAAUAAACCCACUGAAUGGGUAAGCAACAUGGCCGUUGCUGAAAAGAAAAGCGGAAAACUUCGUUUGUGUUUAUUUCCGCUAGAAUUGAACGAAGCGUUGAUACAGGAUGUUCAUCCUAUUCCUACAUCGAAGGAAAUUAUUCCAGAAUUAGCCAAUAAAAAGGUAUUUACAGUAGCAGAUGUCAGCGAAGCGUUUUUCCAUACAGAGCUUGAUGAAGAAAGCAGUGAAUUAACCACAUUCAUCACACCUUUUGGAAAAUAUAAGUACAAUUACCUGCCACAAGGUCUUAAUAUCUCCGCUGAAGUACACCAAAGAAAUAUUGAGAAGGUGUUCGAAGGUUCCCAUGGAAAAAUAAUUCUAUAAAAUUCUAUAAAAAACACUGAAAAAUUUUCUAUAGAAUUUUAUGUCCAGAAUGUACCUAUAAAAUUUCAUCAAAUCUCAUUUAAUUUGAUUCACUUGGAUAAAAUUCUAUCAAAUUCAUAUUCUUUUGUUUUAAAAAAUUAUAUUUAAUUAGUAAAAAUGGUCUAAUUAAUGCUAAAAUGUAAUUUGCGCUUAAAAUGUGAAGUAGUGUAGUAAAUUUCAUCAAAAAAGCGAAAAAAAAUUUCAAAAAAUUUCACUACCAGUGUCUGGGUUUGAACCUUCAACCUCCCACACCUCAAUCUGUUUUCUUAACCACUAUACCACCCUGUUCCAUGAGAGAUCAGGUAUUAAGGAAAUUUAUAUUCUCUUUCCCAGGGUCUGGACUUAGAAAAUUUUCAGGAUUGUUUGAUCAAAUUUUAUAAAAUCUGGUCGAGUUUGAUUAAAUUUGAUCAAACUUGAUCAAGAUGAAUAUCUUUGUCAUAGAGAAAUUUUUUCAGUGAAACAGAAGUUAUCUAGUUUUAUGCAAUUCUAUAAAAUUGGAUAAAAUAAAAGUAUACCAAAUUAACUAAGUGAUGCAUACUUUGAUCAAUUUUGAUAUAAUUUUAUAAAAGUUGAUCAAACAAUAUCAUGUUUUAUAUAACUUUCAAGAAUAUGUUAUAUCCAAUUCUAUAAAACUUUAUACUACUUCAUCAACUUUUACAAAUCUUUAUAAAAUCACAUCAAACUUUUUGUAUUGUACUACAUCAAACUUCAUCAAACUUUAUCAACUUUCA